AUAAGAGUUUAUAUAAUGAUUUAUGAAAUUUGGAUUAUCAAGUUCUGAAGUAUGAAAUUUGAGUUAACAAGUUCUGAUGUAUGAAAUUUGAGUUUUCAUGUUCUAAAAUAUGAAAUUUGAGUCAUUAAGUUGUGAAGUAUGAAAUUUAAGUUAUUUUAACCAACUUUCAAGUUAUAAAAGAGUAACAAAAGAUUUUUUCUGAAACACAGAUCACUUGGACUAUGACCAUUAAAACAAAAGUACAAAUGGAUGGAUUCCUACAAAAUCCACAAUUUCAAAUUAAGUUGUCUGAACUACUUGAUCAAGAUUGGUUUAAGAUUGGUAUUUCCUUAAAAGUCGAAGAGCAUAGUUUAAAAUCAAUAAAAAGUGAUUUUGCAAAUUUUCCAAAACAAGAAGACAAAGCAUAUGAAAUGAUAAAAAAAUGGUUCAAUUUUGAUAAAAAUCCGACGUUUGAAAAGUUAAAAAAUGCCAUUUUAGAUAUUCCAAAACACGAUUUAUUGAUGGAGGUGGAGGAUCUUGCAAGUCGGUUUUUCACAAUGCCUUCAUAUUUAUCAGAAGGUGCUUCUAAUACAGAGAUUUCAAGUUUACCAAACAAAGAUUCCACUGUUUCUUCCAAUAAAGAUUCUUCAAAUACACCUGAUAUUGCUAGCAAAAUUUAUGUCAAGAAAGAUAUAUCAGAGAUUUGCGCAGCACUGAAAAACUAUUAUCUUGUAAAUUAUGGAAAAAUAAAUGAAGUUCAACCACUACUAAAAACACCUGCAAAUGUUAAUCUGAUAAAUACUUUUGUUGAUCUUUGUAUUGUUGAUGCAGUGAAUACUCAAUUGGAUUUUGUUUUCAGUGUUGAACGAAAAGAAUUUCUUGAAAAGCAAAAGAGUUAUACACCAAUUCCAUAUAGUGAAAUAUUUAUGAAAGAAAAAUCAGUAAUACUAAUAUCUGGAAUAGCUGGUAUUGGGAAAACAUGGUUGCUCAGAAAAUGUUUACUUGAUUGGUCAAAUAAUUUAAUUUGGAAAAAUGUUGAACUUGUUUUUUAUUUAGAAUGCAGGAGACUUAAUCAACAUCAAAAUAUUUCUAAUAUUAAUGAUUUAUUAAAUGUUUUCUACAAUGAUAUUUUAAACGAUUUUAAUAUUAGUAAUCAUACUGCACUGUUUAUCAUUGACGGAUUAGAUGAGUUUAUAUAUUUCAAUGAAUUAUUAAAUCCAAGUUUUAACUACCCAGUUGUUAAUACUUUAACAGAUAUUAAAAAAUAUAAACAUGUAAUUGCUGGUAGAGUUUAUGCAAUUGAUCAAUACCAAAGUAAAUAUACAGAGCAUAGUGACAAGUCAAUUAUUCAAAUAAUGGGUUUUAAUGAAAAUGGAAUCAACAAUUAUAUAGAAAACCAUGUUAAAGAGGAAAAAAAAGAAGUUGUAAAAACAACUUUAAAGGAUUCGCCUAUUGCAAAAGCCAUGGCAUCUGUUCCAUUUUAUUUAUCUUCAAUGUGUAAAAUUAUUAGUGAUUCAAAUAAAAUAUAUACAAAUUCAUUCUUAACUAUGACUGAUUUAUAUGCAAAUAUUUUUUUAUACUUUUUGCAAAAACACAUCAUGAAAAAUGAUAAAUUGAUAUAUGAGAUAAUGGAAGACAGUUUUAAUAAAAGAUAUAUUUUAAAUAUUUGUAAAAUUGCUUAUGAGUUGUUUAUUAAAAAUAAUAUAAUAUUUUCCAAAAAAGAUAUUGAAUAUUUUAUCAGCGACUUUGAUCAAAAUGAUGGUAAUCUUUUUGGAUUUAUCGAAAAAGUUGAGACAAAUGUAGGCUGUUAUUAUCAAUUUGCGCAUUUGACAAUAAUGGAAUUUUGUGUAUCUGUAUAUGCAUAUAAUUGUUUAAGUCGUAAAAAAAUUAUGGCUAAUGAAAAGCUAAGAAGUUGUUUAUCAAUGAUUUGUGGAUUAACUAACAAUAAAAGCCAAAAUAGUUUAUUAAAGUUUCUUGUUAACCUAAAUCCUUCAAAUGAAUCUUUACCUUGGUUGUCUAUUUUUGGAUAUUUGUUACCUGGGUACAGAACGAUUGGUAGUACUGGUUUACUAUGGAUUUUAGGCACAUAUACAGAAUGUAUGUAUGCAUAAUAUAGUAAAGAAAACAGUUAGCAGAAGAUUCAUACUGUAAAUUGUCAGGGAAACAUAAAGACAAGAAAUAAUUCUAAAGCACUGAGUAAAUAAGUAGAUGAGUACAAGAAAUUCUAAAGUACUAAAGAAAUCCUAAAGCAAUGAGGAAAAAAACUAAAUGGAUAGAUGUAAUUUGAGCAUGAUGGAAUAAUAACAUUAAAAUAAUGGGACUCAUCUAAAAGAUAUAAAAGAUUUAAUUUUGGUUAAUUAAACAAAUGAUCAUAGUUUAUUUUAAGCAGUGGCUAGAGUACUAUUUAAAGAAAAGAGAAUAAAAUUUAACAAUAAUACAAACAAAUGUAGACUGUCAACCAUAUGUAUAAUGUCAACCAUAUGAUUAUCGGAUGUAGACUCAAUGUCAACCAUAUGAAAAUCGGAUGUAGACUCAAUGUCAAACAUAUGACAAUCGGAUGUAGACUCAAUGUCAAUGGACCUUAUCUAAAAGAGAGUGAAUUAAAGGAAGGGGGCUUUAAAAGAACAGCUGAAAUAUAGUAUUCUAAACAAGGAAGAGUAAGAGAUUUUUAGAUUAAACAUGAUUGAGAUGUAGAAAAUGUUAACUGAUAAAAAGUUACAAACCCUUAAAACGUUAUUAAUUGAGGUGGAAAAAUUUUACAAAGUUAGCAUGCAAAAAUAGAUUACUAUUAUUUUUUUAAAGAAAAUAGCAAUGUACAUAAUUUUACAAGAAAUUUAUAGAAUAUUAUUAAUAAUUAAUAGAAUAUUUUGUUAUAAUAUAUUGUUAAAAUAUAGAGUUAGUUUAUUUUUUUGAGUCAUUGUAAAAUAUCUUAGUUUAAAACAUCAAUGCUUACCUCCUUUACACAAUGAUAGGUUAUGAUCAAGUUGCAUUUUUUUCUGAAAAAAAAAACUUUUUUUGGAAAUCGUGUGAAAAUUUUCUCCUUAAUGCAUUGCAAUCAACAUCUAUUUACCCCUUGGAGUAUGAUAUCAAUAGUAUUUUUCACUUAAUUGAAAGAUUUGCUACAAUAUGAUACUACAAGUUCUUACAGUAGUGUAAAUGAAUCCAAAAAAGACUUAUUUUCAAAAAACUAAUGUUUAGGAGAAGCCAUACCGCCUACACAAGAUGCUUCACAAUAGCAUUUCUAGACCUGUUAACCAGGUUUCAUAGUGCUGGUCACAAUCGUUUUAUGAGAAUCCAUAGUGGCCUAAUCCAUUUGAAUGGGUUAGAUUAUGAAAGACAUUAUUUAUGAAAUUGUUCGGUUUACAAUUCUGAAAUAACUUGUGUAGUGGUUGAGUAAUAAACAUCUUCUCAGAGUCGCAUCUAUGGCGUUUACUGGCAUUUUGAUGAAGAUUAGCACUAAUAACUAGUUUAUCCAGUUAGACAAGCAUCUUAUGCUUUACCACGUGACAAAUUAAAUUUGUCACCAAUUGAGUGCACAUAACAAGAAAUAAAUAAUUUAACUUUAAUACCUCAUUUCAAUACAAUUUUUUCAUGAAUAAACCAUUGAGAGCUUGAUAUUUA